GCGGGCUCAGAAUACGCUCUCCUCACACUCUCCCCAACACACACACACUCAAAAAUUCAAAGAGGCAUUUCACAGGAAAAAAAACUCUUAUCCCUUUUGACAGACUAAACGACGAGGAGGAAAUGGCCGUCUCUACUGGUCUCUUCUCGGCCUUUGUCUCCGGCGAAACGGCGUCACUCGCCAUGCCGUUUUCCACCACAUCUUCUUAUUCUUCUCCUUGUCCCAGGCUCAUCCACUGUCAGCCCCCUGCUAACCUGCGCAGGGUGCGUUUCCAAACCCUCGCCCCCGCUUCCAAGCAGGCCACCACUGGCAGAGGCGAGCUCCGUGGCAUCAUGAAGCCCCGCAGAGUCACUCCGGAGAUGGAAGCCAUUGUUGGUUCCCCUGAGAUUUCUCGCACUCAAGCCCUUAAGCUUAUCUGGGCCCACAUUAAGCAGAAUAAUCUUCAGGACCCUGAAAACAAGAAGAUUAUCGUUUGUGAUGAGAAGCUGAAGAAGAUAUUUAAAGGGAGGGAUCGUGUUGGAUUUCUUGAGAUUGCAGGACUAAUUACUCCUCACUUCCUUUGAUGGAUAAAGUUUUGCAGGACUGAACGGGGUUGUGGAUCAUGUAAUGAAGUAAAUCUUUUGUAUGUGGGGGCCGUGUUUUGGUUGAUGAUACUAGUAAAAAUUCGGAAUUUCUGAAUUAUGGACCUUGUAAUUUCUGACUUAUGCAACUUAGAAGUCUUUAGUCAUAUAGUAUUUGCUUACAGAACCGGCUUUUUGUAAGAAUUUUGCCUCUGAAUUCCUUGUUAUGUAUCAGGUUCUUUAAAGCAAUUAGAGCUUUGUCUAAAGUUUUUGGUA